AUACAUGACAUUACAUAACAAUGACAAUAACAGUACAUACAUGCACAUGCCCACCAAGAAUCUCUCAAAUCGAACACUCUGAACAAAGCCUGACACUUUGAAUUUCAUAUUAUUAUUCUCUUCUUUCAACAAAAUUUUACAUAAAUCAACCUCAAUCUUAUCACCAUCAAUCGAAACCUACCUCUGCUUUCAAUCAAAUCUUGUAUAUUUUGAGCUUUACCUAACACUUAUUACUUGAUAACAACACUAAUUAUAGUCGUAAUGAGGAAGAGGGAGAGAGAGAAUCCAUGUGGGGUUUGUGGGCACUACCACAAGUAUGAGGAGGGAGAAGUCUGCGGAAUUUGCGGCCACCGCUCCCCCUCCUCAUCCGAGAAACCCUCCCUCCAUGUCAGUGCCUUCCCCUCCGAGAUCCUGCCGGAGUUUCUCUAUUUGGGUAGCUACGACAACGCUUCUCGCUCUGAGCUGCUUAAGACUCAGGGGAUUACUCGUGUUCUUAAUACAGUUCCUUCCUGUCAAAAUCUCUACAAGAACUCGUUUACCUAUCACUGCCUUCAAGAUGACAAAACUUUACAAUUUGACGAUGCAAUUGUGUUUUUAGAGCAAUGUGAGAAGGACAAGGCUCGAGUUCUUGUGCACUGCAUGUCUGGAAAAAACAGGUCACCAGCCAUUGUAAUAGCUUACUUGAUGAAGCGUAAAGGAUGGAGGCUUCCGCAGAGUUAUCAGUGGGUGAAAGAGCGGAGACCAUCUGUUGACUUAACACAAGCUGUCUACCAGCAGUUGCAGGAGUAUGAACAGAAGAUCUUUGGGUCAGUUGAUACAGGCAACCCUCCCCUGCCUUUUGUUCCAUCAGGUCUGCCAUCCUUUAACUUUGGCUUCACAAAGUCUAAUGAUCCGGUUCCUGUCCCUGCUUUCAGUAGUAGCUUUGGCACAACCUCCAUUUUUUCUGGAGCUCUAAAUAUUCCUCCACAAGAGUUCACAUUUGGAGCUGGCCAGGCUGAGAAGAACAUCUCUGAAACUCCUUUUACUGACAACAUACUUAACCCAAAUGGCAGUGAUAUUCCAAUGGAUAGCUCUUGAAUCCCUUCCUCUUUCUUUGGGAGAUCAGCCAUAGGCCACAAGUUGACUGAGUCCCCACUUCGGUGAACUUCUACAUUUAUCUGAAAUUUGGUUGUAAAGUGGGAGUAAAUGCCCAGACUUCGUUUGUAAGAUUUGAUGUGCGGUGUGGAUACACACUGUGGGCGCUUGCUUCUUCAGUCCAAUGUUCCAUGUGCGCUGUAUCUGGCUCAUUCUCUAAUUUUAUACGAGAUAUGUUUUAAAUAGAGAUUUUCGCCUUGCUUUUUCUGUAAACUUAUGUUUUGCCAUACACAUUGUCUUUUGUUUCAAGCUCAUUCUAUUUUCCUGGUCUUGAAUGCUAAAUUGAAUUAAGUGGAUCGGAUGCAU